AACAGUUUAGUCAAAUUAAAAUGGUGAGUAAUAAAAUUUGUCUUCAUACAAUUUAAAAAAGUGAUUCGAUCUUUUCUACUUGCCAGCAUUGUUGUUGUAAAUCAUUUCUGAAAAAGUUAAAUAAUUUGACAAAUUGUACUGUGAAAUCCUCCGUUUCUGGGAGAAGAAAUGGAGGCCGGAGCUGGGCUGGUUGCCGGAUCUCACAAGAGGAAUGAGCUCGUUAGGAUCCGCCAUGAUUCUGAUAGUGCGCCGAAGCCAGCGAAGAAUCUGAACAGCCAGAUAUGUCAGAUUUGUGGAGAUGCCGUUGGGGUGACCGCUAGUGGUGAUGCAUUUGUUGCUUGUAACGAGUGUGCCUUCCCUGUUUGCCGGCCUUGUUAUGAGUAUGAACGCAAAGACGGGAAUCAAGCUUGUCCCCAGUGCAAAACCAGAUACAAGAGACAAAAAGGGAGUCCACGGGUUGAUGGGGAUGAUGACGAGGAUGAUAUUGAUGACCUGGACAAUGAGUUCAAUUAUGUCAAUGGGAAUAGCAAGGCGAGACGCCAAUGGCAGGAAGAUGUUGAUCUUUCUUCUUCUUCUAGGCAGCCAAUCCCUCUCCUCACAAACGGGCAGCCUGUUUCUGGUGAAAUUCCGCCAAGUGUUACACCUGACACUCAAUCUGUAAGAAGCAUGUCAGGACCUUUGGGUCCCGGUGAAAGGCAUGUCCACUCAGUUCCAUACCUUGACCCUAGACGGCCAGUUCCUGUGAGAAUUGUUGACCCUUCAAAGGACUUGAAUUCCUAUGGACUUGGAACUGUUGACUGGAAGGAGAGAGUAGAGGGCUGGAAACUUAAACAGGACAAAACUAUGGUGCACGUGAACAACAGAGACAACAGACACUCAGACGGGAAAGGAGGAGACAGUGAAGUAAUAGGGUCAAAUGGAGAAGAGCUACAAAUGGUGGAUGAAGGUCGCCAACCUUUAAGCCGUAUAGUCCCUAUUUGUUCUUCCCAGCUUACCCCUUAUCGCGUUGUAAUCAUACUCCGGCUAAUCAUUUUGGGAUUCUUCAUGCAAUACCGGCUGACUCAUCCCGUGAAUAACGCAUAUCCUUUAUGGUUGGUAUCGGUCAUCUGCGAGGUUUGGUUUGCCUUAUCUUGGCUCUUGGAUCAAUUCCCAAAAUGGUCACCCAUAAACCGUGAGACGUACCUAGACAGGCUCACCUUAAGAUAUGAUAGGGAAGGGGAGCCUUCUCAGUUAGCCCCUAUAGAUGUGUUUGUGAGUACAGUGGACCCCUUGAAAGAGCCUCCACUCGUCACGGCAAACACGGUGUUAUCCAUCCUUUCAGUCGAUUACCCCGUGGAUAAGGUCUCAUGUUAUGUGUCUGAUGACGGGUCAGCUAUGUUGACUUUCGAGUCCCUCUCAGAGACUGCUGAGUUCGCGAGAAAGUGGGUCCCUUUUUGCAAGAAGUUCAAUAUUGAGCCUCGGGCUCCUGAGUUCUAUUUUGCUCAGAAGAUUGACUAUUUGAAGGACAAGAUUCAGCCUUCCUUUGUGAAAGAGCGCAGGGCAAUGAAGAGGGAGUAUGAGGAAUUUAAGGUACGCAUCAAUGCGCUUGUUGCAAAAGCACAAAAGAUGCCAGAGGAAGGUUGGACGAUGCAAGAUGGAACGUCUUGGCCUGGAAACAACCCUAGAGAUCAUCCUGGAAUGAUCCAGGUCUUCUUAGGUCACAGUGGGGGGCUGGACACGGAUGGGAAUGAACUUCCUCGCUUAGUUUAUGUUUCCCGAGAAAAGAGGCCUGGAUUUCAACACCACAAGAAGGCUGGAGCUAUGAAUGCUUUGAUUCGAGUUUCCGCUGUUCUUACCAAUGGAGCAUAUCUUUUGAAUGUCGAUUGUGAUCACUACUUCAACAACAGUAAGGCACUCAAAGAAGCCAUGUGCUUCAUGAUGGACCCCGCGUAUGGAAGGAAGACUUGUUACGUUCAAUUCCCUCAGAGAUUUGACGGCAUUGACUUGCACGAUAGAUAUGCCAACAGAAACAUUGUGUUCUUUGAUAUAAACUUGAAGGGGUUGGAUGGGCUUCAGGGACCCGUAUAUGUGGGAACUGGGUGUUGCUUCAAUAGGCAAGCUUUGUAUGGGUAUGACCCGGUCUUGACCGAGGCUGAUUUGGAGCCAAAUGUCAUUGUCAAGAGCUGUUGUGGUGGAUCCCGGAAGAAGGGGAAGAGCGACAAGAAAUAUUUUGACAAGAAAAGAGCAGCCAAACGGACUGAAUCGACUAUUCCCAUUUUCAAUAUGGAGGACAUUGAAGAGGGCAUUGAAGGAUAUGAUGAUGAGAAGUCUCUUCUCAUGUCUCAAAAGAGCUUAGAGAAGCGAUUCGGUCAAUCUCCGGUUUUUAUAGCCGCCACCUUCAUGGAACAAGGUGGGAUUCCGCCGUCGACUAAUCCUGCAACCCUCCUCAAAGAAGCAAUCCAUGUUAUUAGUUGUGGUUACGAGGACAAGACCGAAUGGGGCAAGGAGAUUGGAUGGAUUUACGGUUCUGUCACGGAGGAUAUUUUGACGGGGUUUAAGAUGCACACGAGAGGAUGGAUUUCGGUGUAUUGCGUCCCGCCACGUCCCGCCUUCAAGGGGUCCGCACCCAUAAAUCUCUCCGACCGUUUGAACCAAGUGCUUCGGUGGGCUCUCGGAUCCAUUGAGAUUUUCCUCAGCCGGCAUUGCCCUAUAUGGUAUGGCUACAAUGGGAAGCUUAAGCUCUUAGAGAGGAUAGCAUAUAUCAACACCAUCGUCUAUCCGCUCACUUCCAUCCCGUUGCUCGCUUAUUGCAUCCUUCCCGCCAUUUGUCUUCUUACCGGAAAGUUCAUCGUUCCAGAGAUAAGCAAUUAUGCAAGUGUAUGGUUCAUUCUUCUCUUCAUAUCCAUUUUCGCGACGGGGAUUCUUGAGCUGAGGUGGAGCGGCGUGAGCAUAGAGGACUGGUGGAGGAAUGAGCAGUUUUGGGUCAUCGGGGGCACGUCGGCGCACCUAUUCGCGGUGUUCCAAGGGCUCUUGAAAGUGCUCGCUGGAAUAGACACGAACUUCACGGUCACGGCCAAGGCGUCAGACGAGGACGGGGAGUUCUCGGAGCUAUACGUGUUCAAGUGGACGUCCCUCCUCAUCCCGCCCACCACCGUCCUCAUCGUCAACCUCGUCGGCAUCGUCGCCGGCAUCUCGUUCGCCAUCAACAGCGGGUACCAGUCGUGGGGCCCGCUCUUCGGGAGGCUCUUCUUCGCCUUCUGGGUCAUCGUCCACUUGUACCCUUUCCUCAAGGGUCUGAUGGGGAGGCAGAACCGCACGCCCACCAUCGUCAUCGUCUGGUCCGUACUCCUCGCGUCCAUCUUCUCGUUGCUGUGGGUCCGGAUCGACCCGUUUACGUCGGACAGCGCGAAGGCCGCCGCCGGGGUUCAGUGUGGCAUCAACUGCUAGUUCACAUCUUGUAUCUGUAUGUUAUGUUAUACCUGGUGGGUGGGUGGGUGAUAUUGUAAGUUUUUUGGUGUUUAUACACUUAAAAAGUGUUCUAUAUUUAUUACUAUAAACUUUUGCAAGGGUGCAGUGUGUGACACAAUGCUGUUUAAAGAAUUACAGAGAGUUAAUGAAACCAUUUGUGGAAA